AGGCCGAGUUGGAGGCUGCAGCGGGGUGCAGGGCAGUCAGACCAGGACCAUGGAGCUCAGCGUCUUCCUCUUCCUUGCACUCCUCACAGGCCUUUUGCUUCUCCUGGUCCAGCGUCACUCUAAGGCCCAUGGCCGCCUCCCACCAGGCCCCCGCCCUCUGCCCCUUUUGGGGAACCUUCUGCAGAUGGACAGAAGAGGCCUACUAAAAUCCUUUCUGAAACUCCGAGAGAAAUACGGGGAUGUCUUCACCGUACACCUGGGACCGAGGCCCGUGGUCAUGCUGUGUGGAGUGGAUGCCAUACGGGAGGCCCUGGUGGAUCAGGCUGACGUCUUCUCUGGCCGGGGCAAAAUCGCCAUCGUGGACCCAGUCUUCCAGGGUUACGGCGUGGUCUUUGCCAGUGGGGAGCGCUGGAAGGUGCUUCGGCGAUUCUCUCUGACCACCAUGAGGGACUUCGGGAUGGGGAAGCGGAGUGUGGAGGAGCGGAUUCAGGAGGAGGCUCAGUGUCUGGUGCAGGAGCUUCGGAAAUCCAAGGGAGCCCUUGUGGACCCCAUCUUCUUCUUCCAUUCCAUCACCGCCAACAUCAUCUGCUCCAUCGUCUUUGGAAAACGCUUUGACUACCAAGACAAAGAGUUCCUGAAACUGCUGCACUUGUUCUACCAGUCCUUUUCACUUGUCAGCUCUUUAUUCAGCCAGCUGUUCGAGCUCUUCUCUGAUUUCUUGAAAUACUUUCCUGGGACACACAGGCAAAUCUAUAAAAACCUGCAGGAAAUCAGUGCUUUCAUUGGCCACAGUGUGGAGAAGCACCGUGAAGCCCUGGACCCCAGCUCCCCCCAGGACCUCAUCGAUGCCUUCCUGCUCCACAUGGAAAAGGAGAAAUCCAACCCACAUAGUGAAUUCAACCACCAGAAUCUCAUCCUCAACACGCUCUCGCUCUUCUUUGCUGGCACCGAGACCACCAGUACCACUCUCCGCUACGGCUUCCUGUUCAUGCUCAAAUACCCUCAUGUCGCAGAGAGAGUCUACAAGGAGAUUGAACAGGUGAUUGGCCCACAUCGCCCUCCAGCAUUGGAUGACCGAGCCAAAAUGCCAUACACAGACGCAGUCAUCCAUGAGAUUCAGAGAAUUGCCGACCUUCUCCCCAUCGGUUUGCCCCACGUGGUCACCCAACACACGACCUUCCGAGGGUACACCAUCCCCAAGGGCACGGAAGUAUUUCCCAUCCUGAGCACUGCUCUCCACGACCCACACUACUUUGAAAAACCAGACACCUUCAAUCCUGACCACUUUCUGGAUGCCAAUGGGGCACUGAAGAAGAAUGAAGCUUUUAUUCCCUUCUCCUUAGGGAAGCGCAUUUGUCUUGGUGAAGGCAUCGCCCGCUCCGAAUUGUUCCUCUUCUUCACCACCAUCCUCCAGAACUUCUCCGUGGCCAGCUCCAUGGCUCCCGAAGACAUCGACCUGACACCCCAGGAGAAUGGUGUGGGCAGAGUACCCCCAGCGUACCAGAUCCGCUUCCUGCCCCGCUGAAGGGGCUGAGGAGAGGGGGUCAAGAGGUUCCAGGGUCAUCCAGUGUCCCCACCUCUGUAGACAAUGACAAUUCCCCCAAA